CUGAGUUCAAUGGGCCUUUUUAAUUUCACGCGAAAUCUGAAUCCACUUGUUGAAUCCUUUUAUCUGCUCACCGAUUCGGUUGACAUGGUUGAAUCACUUGCUAUGCCAUUACAUUCACAUACAAGGAAGUUUGCAAUUCACUCCUUUGUUAUCGUGUGAGGCUACUUAUGUUGGGGAAAACCCAAGUCCAAAGUACAGUAAUUAACACGAUCAAACGGCUUUGGCUCUGACAAAGAUUACGCUUUCACGUCAUGAGGGUGUUUCUAUCUGAAAUCUAGUUUACCAACGCACAAUCGCGCCACAAAAAAGUCGAAAAGCAUGUCCAGGGCUUUACUCACGUGGGCAGUUGUCACUGUCGCUAGUGUCUUCGUGAUGAUUUAAUUCCAGUAUUAUCCAAUACUGGUAACACUGAGAUACGUUUUCUAUUAAACGGAGUUUAAUGUAGUUUGAAGCAACACGCAGCUACAACAACACGUUACAGUCAUGUAAAUUCAAACGGUGUGCUAUGAUUCUGCUGUCUUCAAUCACAUUGACAAUUUUGACGAUAUUUACAGCGGUCCAUUAUGGCUUCAUCCUGUCAAGUAACCCCAGCUGAGUUGGAGUGUGCUAUCUGCUGUGAGUUGCUCAUUGAUCCCAGGAGUCUGACAUGUUCCCACACAUUCUGCAUGCAAUGCCUGAUCCGACUUCACCAAAGCAAACAGGAUGAAUAUUCUGUAGAUUGUCCACUCUGCCGUCAGGUGACCUGUUUGGAAGAUGGUGACCUAUCCAGCCUUCAACCAAACCUGGAACUCCAGACCGCGGUUACAAGCUUGGAGACGAAAAACCAAUCCUUGAAGGACCGCGUGGAGGCUCGGUUGAACACGCUGUUUGAACAUGUCUCACUGAUCAACGAUGUCGAAGAUGCUGUAAGUAUCAAUGUUAACCGAGCUAUUAACGCCAUCGAAGCGACAUUCAAUGACAACCUCCAGAGACUGUCAGGGAAGAAUGACGAACUGGUUGAAAGAUGCCUUCAGUACAAACAUGACUGUACGUCCAAAUUGAGUAUCAUGAGAGAGUCCAGCGGGGACAUGAUUUCUCGAAUCUCAAGUGUCUUUGAGAAGAUAUCCGAUGAUUCAAUGAUCCUCUUAGAGGGUGAAGCCUUGGCGAUCCAUGAAAGUGCACAAAAUGCGUUACUCGACCUUCUGGAACAAAAUAAGCCAGAUGCUUCAGAAGUAAAUGCAAUUGCAGAGCAAUCUGGAAAUGUGAAAUUCAAGCGUCUCCCAGGACAAAGUACGAUUGACAUUGGUGUUCUUGAAGGAAUAGACCAGACAUCCGCGGAAAAUGUGAAAUUUCUGACUGAACUCCCUGUUGAGAACUGGAAAGUGGGGGGUAUGGUGAUGAUGCCCAACGGAAGAGUCGCCUUAGGUUACAGAACCGGAGGAAUUCAAUUCUUUUCAAAAGACCGAGAACAAGAAAAAGUCUUGGAGGAUAUCCAGGUGUGGGCUCUUGCCAGAUUUUGUGACGGACGUUUCGUUGUACGAGACAGAGAUAACAAUGUCAUGGUGUUCACGCAGGAGCUGGAAAGACAGAGCAGGGUGUUUGAGACAUUAACCUGGGAGGAAGGUGGACAAGGGGGCAUAGGUGUUGAUAGUCAUAAGAACAUAUAUGUCAGCUACUGUCAAUGCUCAAUGAUACAGGUUUUCAAGGAGGAUGGAGGAAACCCUAUCAAGGAACUUUCCUGUGAUUUCGUUCCUUAUCAGUUCUGCAUUGCCAACAAUGGACGUCAAAUCUUUGUUCAGGAUGGACCAACACUCCAGGUUAUCGAUGGGGUCGGUGUUGGAAAACAUGACAUUACCAAAGAAGGGGUGGUGGGUUAUCCUGCACUGGAUGUGAUUCCAUCGAGUGAUGAUGAUGUCAACCUUGUCUUGAUAGCUUGGGUUGACGAUAAACUAGGAAUUGUGAGCAUUGAGAGAUAUACAGACACUUUAAUAUAUAAGGAUUCCCUGGUCACAGACUACAAAGUGGACAGUUCGUGGCCCUCUCGGUGCUUCCUCAAUGUUUCAGAUAAUGGCUUGGUGGCUUUCUACCGCAAUUCUCAUUUGUAUUUCUUCCAAAUAUUAUGGUCCGCUCGUUGCUGCAUUCUCUAAGAUUAUAGUUUGACCCAGAGAACGUUUCAUCAACAUUUAUCAUGUGACGAGUUGUAAGAUGUAACAAUUUUACUUUAAUUUUGACUGGCUGAUAAGAUCAGUCCUUAUGGUAUAUCGGAUUUUUUUUAUAAAAUGAUCUUCGAUGGGCUAUAGUCCAUACAUGAAUUCAAGUCUUCAAUUAAGAAUACCGUGUUCGCUUCCGGUUCGCUUUCUUCAGACUUCAUGAGAGAGAUGGAUAAUUAUUAAUACUUCAACUUCAAUGAACUAAAAUUAAACUUUUAAGGAUACAAGUGGAUUAAUUCUACUGAUCCUAUUCAGUUUACAAUGACAUGAUGUUUUAACAAUUGCCAGGAUUACUACUGAGCUUCGGGGUAUCCUAAGAAUCAAUUCCAAGAUGUCAUCUUUUUUUAAUUCUUAAGUCUCCAGCUAACACGGUUACACGGACAAACGCAAGAUUUGCCCUCUAAAUAGCUCGUUGAUGUUAAGACCAAACAAAGUCGGGGGCAUUUCCCAAUACUGAUCAUGCAAUAUAAUGUUUCUUUCCUUGGUCAAGUAGUGUCCAAAGGUUUACGCCCUAUGUCAUGAUCAAAGAUGUCUCAUGAGUAUAUUGUAAAUGAGCGCAGGUUUUGGGGCAGGCGCUGCUCUUUAGGGGGGGGGGGGGGGGGGGGUGAGAGAGAGAGGGGAACGCAAUGAAAUGCAAUGGGUAUGACUACACUGACAUGUGACGAGGGUGGGGUAGUGUUAGAAAGAACAAAAUCUUGUUGGAGUAUGAGCUGUGAACAAGCACAUCUAGAUAAAUCAAAACUAACUUUAUUACAUUCUACAAAAUGAAAUGCUCUACCUUGCAGGGUGGAAGACAAUAUUUAACCUCUAGCAAACAUAAGGGAUCGCAAUCAUAUCAACGAAUUGCCCGUACCUCACAGUCCAACUGUUGAAAGACCAUUAUGUGGAGUAGAGAGAUCGAUCCUUUCCCUUUUACUGCCUCCAAAUUUACGUCCUAAUUUCGUUAAUUGUGUUGAUCUUUAGCAGCUCGGCGUGCGAUUAUCGUGUCAGUAACUUAAUAACGACUUUCCCUAUUCUCAUUGCGUCUCUUCAUUUUCUUCUGCUUUAUCCUCCCGUCCUCGACACAUCUCCCGGCCCUUGAGCUUACCAUGUUUGCCUUCAUCUCUUUGAUUUGGUUACAUCGAUGACGGUAGACCGUGCUUGAGUGUCGGAUUCCCCAUGGGUGGGUGUCCCGCGGGCAUGCGUUGUAGGUACUGUACUACUUAUUCCGAAGUGAUUCACUCGCAUGCGUGUCACCGGCACAUCUCGCGCACCAGCAUGUAGACAUGAUUGCGAUUGCAUGGACGAGUACAGAAUAUAUCGAUCGGAGAUAAAAGUGAGUUAUGGAAUGAAUUCCAGAAACCAAUUUCCCUUCAAGUGCUUUCUUUGUCUCUCAUACAGGAAGGAAGUAGUCGGUAAUCAGUAAGAGUGGAAUGAUUGUAUGUAGAAAAUAAGAUUAUUUUGUGAGGCAACUAGGAUGUGAAUCAAAACUAUGAUAUCCAAUUAUCACUAAUCAUCUAUCUAUGCAUGCACAGAGCAAUAGAUAACGUGCACAUCAAAAACCCCGACACAAAAUACAAAAUCACAGGAAAAACUUAUCAAGACCUUGGAUUCUAUAAUUCAUUCUUUACUUUUCCUUGUUACAGCUGCAGCACAACGAAUGCGCAAUAAACUCCGCUUGUGCCACCACUUGUUCCUAUUCAUUGUUAAUAAUUCUAAUAAGAAAUAUUAUUAUAGGCUGACUCUUUAUUUUUUCCUCCGAUUGAUAAUUAGAGACUUUCUGUAAAAGUGAAUUCCACUUCGAAUAUUGACUCGAGAUUAGUCAGCUUGGUCAAGCAGGUUUUUGACGUUGCGUUUGCAAAGUUAAAUGAUUUUGCUUUAAAAACGGCAAUUGCCGAUUAGCCCAUUAAACAAAGUUGGGUGAGAGUUAGGGGUAUGUCCCCCUUUUACCCACAAUCAUUUAGGCUUCUCCCGGUAUCCACCUGCUUUAGGAAUGUUUGAUCGCAUUCAUAAAACAUUUGCUUUGGUCCGCGGGGGUCCUACGUUAGUGGAUAAAACUUGAAAUAUUGAUCAUUUGAUUGACAUAAAGGCAUUUGGGGAUGUGCGCAUGAAUAUUUUACCUCUCGUGAAGGAGAGCAACAGAGUUGCGACAUGGCAACAUGUUCAGAGAUAUUUUUGGACCUUGUAAUACAUGUAAAAGGGACAAUAUUCGGUAUGAGCGUGUUUAACGAGUCUCAUGCCAUUCUUUAUCAUUAUGCAUCUUUCUAAACAAAUGUUGAAGUAUAGACCCUAAAAGAAUUUUAUUUUCAAGAUGACUUUCCAUUAAUUCAAUUGUUUAUUACAAAAUGAUAUACAUGCUAAUUAUCCGAAAUAUUGUACCAAAGAUGGCAACGAAAUUUGAUUGUUGAUAUGAGUUUGUAAUAAAAUUACAUGAAAA